AUGACACCCAACUUCUCCAAUCGUCACAGCGGCUCCUCGCUAUCCCUCCAAGCCCUUUACCCGCUCAUUACCGUCACAAUGCCUCAGGAUAUGCCCCCAACGGGGGGCUACGCUCAAGUCCAGUACAAGCGAAACGUCCCCGCCCGCGGCUUCAAGCCUGCCUACUACAUGAUUGGCAUGCACGUUAUCAUGGCCUACGGUUUCUACAAGUACUUCCACGGUGUCCGUGAGCAGCGGUACGUUUCAUCCAGCAAGAUGCUCCUUUGCUACCUCCGAUCGACCCGAGAGAACCGCAAUUGGACCCCUAUGCAAACCCGCUGGCAGAAGAAAGAAGUGAACUCAAUGACUGAUAUGUGUUUGAACGAUAGUGAGCUCGCCCGUGAGAAGAUCUGGUCCCGUCUGCACCUCACUCCCCUCCUCCAGGCUGAGGAGGACCGCGACCAGGUUCGCCGGCACUACGCCGACAAGGCACGCGAGAAGGAGCUUCUCGGCACCGAUGCCAAGGUCUACAACUCCGACCGCUUUAUCCGCCCUACUUUCGCCUAUACCCCUGCCAAUCUCACUCAAUAG